UUUCCCAAGUCCCCUUCAGUUAGUGCGGGCGUGUUGGUGGUGCAAGGUGGGUGUGUAUACCAGCGGCUGGACGGGCCGAGCUUCAAUGACUGAAAGUUUGAGGCAGCUACGACGCGCCAGAGGGAAGUUUUAGAAAACGUCGACACCUGGAUUCUCUUCUGUUGCCCGAAGAAGAGGACAAGAAAUCGCGCGCGUCAGUUAUUUUCACCAGGCCUUCAAUUUCCUUCUCAUGAAAAGUUUUGUGUGACUAACAACAGAGAACAGCAGCGGUCCCAUUCCGCGUAGCAUUCUGUAUGUGGAAACUGUUUAGUGAAGCGAUAAACGAGAAUAAACAAACAGUGAUAGAAAUGCAUCCCAAACACGAGUGUUGAAGAUAUUCAAACUAGAAUUCGAUGGAAAAGAGAAAAUUAUCCGUUUUUUGGGACUUUCAAGUACUGGAUUGUUGAUGUUUUUCGUUAUGGUAACUGCCAGUUGAACUCUGGAAUCUAAACUAUCAUUUCUGGAAAAAGUGACAAUUUUUCAGCGUCGGGUAAAGACACACAGGUCAAGCAACAAACCUCAAGGAUCUCGUGAAGGGUGAGCGAAGUAUCAGACAAUCUGAAGGACAGGAAGCAUCCUUAGGCAACAUCUGGUAAGGACUGGUCACAAGAUUAUUGUUAAGCAACCCACCAAAAAGGGCAAAUACAAAAACACCGAAAUAAACACUUUGACAGAUGAGAUAGGGCACCCGGAGACCAAUCACAAUGAGGACUCAAGUCAUCAGCAUAUUCUUGAUCGCCCUCCUGACUGGAAAAUCGAGCGUGCAAGGCAGAGCGCAGGACCCAGCCACAGACGAGAAGCCUCCAGAGACCGGCGACGGCCCUUCCGAUGUUCCUGACAUGGAAGCUGAGGACACUCACAAGAGAUUCAUCAUUGCUGAACCACCACCUGUCCGAGAGAAUCCUCACCAUCAGAGGAACUACGUCCGAUGGGGACACCAGGCAAACAGGAGACCCAAUCUCCCUUGGCAAACGUCACCCAGGACACCUACAUCAAAAAGGAACCAAAAUCCGGCUCUGAGACUUCAUUCUUUCCCGGGCCCUUAUCCCUUUGAGUCCGAAGUACGAGGAGAGGGCUACCACUCACGAAUAAGAUUUGAUCCCUUCGGUGGAGCCUACCCUGAAUCUGGUCCGCGUCCUGUUGGGCAGACCUUUGGAAACUGGCCCGCCAGACCCCCAAAUGGAGGAAUUCGAGAGGGUGGGACUCAUCGUCCUUUGCUACAGCCUUUUCACAAUCAAGGAAAGUUCUUAAGCAAUGCAGAAAAUGCAAGGCUGCCCCCAUUCAGUGAUCCUGACCACUUUCACCAAGAUCCACCAAGAAGACAUCCAACAUUUACAGAUCCACUACAUGAGAAUCCAACUGGAACUUCCACAUACCAUCCACUACCAGAAAGACCUUUCUUGCAUCCAGGAAACUUGGCAGCACUUGUUGAAGAUGGAAAUAUAGAAGCACCUAGUCCCUCUGUCACAGAGGAGUUCCCAGCUUAUGAAGAGAGUACUAUUCAUGAUGAAUUAAAACCUGAUUUUGAUUACCCAGUUGUAGCUAGUGUUUUUGAUGAUCGUCCAAAACCUGAUGUAAUAUCUGGACCCAUAAUUUCAAUCCAAGAUCAAGAAAAUGAUACCCAUGUAGAUGAAGAGGCAACAUCACCCUCAGCAGGGGCAAACGCUGAAGAAGAAGGGCUUAACACCACUGAAAAGGAUUUAGAAAUACAUCCAUCACUUCUAGCUACAAGCAACUCAAGCAGUACUCAGACAUAUGAUCAAGCUCAACAAUCAAAUGAUACUGAGCAUGAACCAGUACCUGCUGAUUAUACCGGUGACUAUUAUGACCUUUAUGAUGAGUUCAUGGAGUUAUAUUACGACAACGACGAGUUUAACCAAUCGACACAUUCUAACACUACCAAAAGCACUGCAACGGCACAUCCAGACGAAAGUGCUCCUCUGCCAGCUUCUGAUCGUGCAAUUUCAUCAACAACUGAAUCAGUUCAAAAUUUAUCCCAUCAAACUGAAGAAACCACCAGUUCUGCAACUGUAACACCAACAAGCCAUUCUUCACUGGCAACAUCAACAACUAAAAUAGAGCCUUUAUCUGAGUCAACAAGAUUAACUAUCCAGUCAACAAUACCACCUUCAACAAGCACUACUACAGAAAUAACAACUACUUCAACAACCGGUGCUACAGAAGAGACAACAACAUCAACAUCGCCACCAGUAACAACGACUGAAAAUAUACCAGUAUCUACUGUGUCAGAUACACCUUCUCCAUCAAUAUCUUUAUCAAGAGAUCAAGUUAAUCCUGAUGAUGAUCAGAAAGAAAAAGAAAGUAAAGUAAGCAUUUUAAAUACUGAUACUAUCAAAGAAGGACAGAUAUCUACGCAAGAAGCAGAAGAUGCAGCUAGGAGUACAAACACACCUUUGGCAACCAAUAAUCUGAGUCCAGGUACCAAUAAAGGAUCUUCCCUUAUCAGUCUGUCCGAGAUUCUGCAAGGGAUUGGCAUGUCUCUUCCCCAGUUCUUGAUUGCACUGAAAGGGCAUGGAAUGGCGCUUAAAGAUUUUACAGCACGUCUUCAAGAAAAGAGCCUUACCCAGCAACAAUUCAAGAGAGCUGAAGGUAAUCUGGAAUCCCUUCUACAGAUGCUGAGUAACGAUUCAGAAGCAACGAGUGAAACAGCAGAAGAUCUCCCACCCAAAGAAGAGGGUAGCGAAGCAGACAAAAAAGUAAGCCUAGUACCCUACUGGUUAACACCUAGACCAACCUGGAGGCCAACAACAGCAAGCACAUCGGCAGCCACAACAACCACUUCAACUACAACAGAAUCAACAACAACUACACAGCAACCUUCCACAUCUGCCCCUCCUCCUAAAAUAUUUGGGUUCAACCCUUCUGUCCAGAGGAAAAAUAUUGGAGCUGCAAAUAACAAAACAAUUGAAGAAUCUACAGAAUCCCCUGACGAAGGUACCAAAGCUCCAAUUCCUAUAAAAUUAGACAUAGCUGGCAUUAUGAAAGAAAAGGGGUUGAGUGCUGCAGACAUUCUACAUGAUCUUGGCUCACUCUUCACAUUUGGAAAUGAUAGUACCAGUACUGAUAAAACUACAGACCAGGCAACCCUGAAAAAAGAAGACAGCAGUACUGGAGAUGGUGCACUGAACGCAGCAAAUGAUGAUGAAGAAACCUUUACAUCAACUCAAACUCCUUACACAGUUCCAGAUACCCCAGUUUCUCUUCGGCCUUACCGUCCCUCUGGAGGGUCAGAGAGACACCGUCCUCGUCCUUACCGCCCAUCAGCAGCAGCGGACAGAGGAUGGGGAGGCACAGUCAGCCGUAACCGUAAUAUACUAACCAACAGGUUCCAAACAACCGAACGAACAACACUGCGACCGCCAUACCAGCCACCUCCAGUUAAACAGUCCAGUGAUAUCUCACCCCUGUUAGAUAUAUUACACAAUUCAACGACAAGUUCUGAUGGCGGCAGCAUUUCAUUUGGCCUCCCAGACGAAAACGAGGUGGCAGGGAUACCUUUUUCAGAGAACACACCUCCAAGAUACUCAAGUGGGAACUACUUUCCUUCUAAAGACGACGACCCUGAUUCUCUCAAUGUGUCUACCAAAAGUGCCAUCUUGGCAGCCUCCAUUCUAGGAGGAGUUGCUAUGUGCAUCUUUUUGGCGAUUUUAGUUGUGGUGAUGUACCGUGGAAGGGCUCGUCGCCGGAAACCUCUAAGUAUCCCGAGUGAUGCCUCGUCGUCCUCCACACCGCCAAUUUAUUCCUCGAGGGUGGGCAGUGGCAAAGGCUUCUACAAAACCUCGGGCUUUUGGGGGACACUUAAAAAGAGAUUUGAUCCUUAUUCUCUCAGUCCUACACCCACAGUAAUGACCUGAAAACCAUAUGAACAACCUUGAAAAACAUGUUUAUACUUCAUUCAGUGAGAAAUAGCAUCUCUCAUCCAUAGCCCUGAAUGAGAUGACGAGAUCUAUUAAGACACGACAGCAUUGCAUUAAGUUGCCUUGUGUUUAGAAGUGCUUGUGAUAAUGGGCAAUAUAUUUUUCUACUGACUCGUUUAUUAGUGAAGGGCACUCGACGUUUUACUUAAAUGGUUUUCAAGACUGUAAAUUAUUUUUUUACAGACCCAAACGGGAACCAGCGUCCGAAACCCUCUUCAGGGUUUCAUGAAGGGGGAAAAUGAGGUUUUAAUUUCGUAAAAUCUUACAAAUUUCCUGUCAUUGCUGUCUUCUUUUAGUAUUUUAUAUUAACUUAGAUUUUCCACUCCACAGUACUUUAAGAAGGUAAAAAGAUCUGUCAUUGAAUUUCUUGAACAGCAGAAAUAGUACUUCAAGUUCUUUGCUUGGUGGGUACAUUAUGUCCUUUAAUCUUCCACAACCUCAUUCAUUAUGAAAAUGUCACAGUUUAACGCCACAAGUAUACAAUCUUUCAAUUUCUAUUAAAUAACGAGAAAUCCGAAACUUCCUGAAGAUAAAAGCAGAAUUUCUUAAUAAGACUACCAUUUGUUAAAUUCUACCGGCAACAGUUAUUGUUCAAACAGAUGGCGCUAAAACCAUCCAUCUUCGUAAACUUCCACCUCCUCGAGCAGACAUCAACAGCUCGACAUAAUUCUUAUUUCAGUAUGGACGCAGUUCCACGUUCGAUUUGAUAUUUUCUCUCUCAAGCACGGAUUUUCAAAUGAACUGCUUGUGAUUAUUCAUGAAUUAAGACUUGAAUAAGAACCUUCAAUAAGAUUAUUCAAUAAUUAAUUAUCCAUUUUUUCAGACUCGGCUGUAAGACUGUACCUCUAUUUAAUGAUGGCAUUCUAAAUCACGUGGCGAUUACA